GGUUGUGAGUUUUUCCUGAUAUCGGAAUUGAUGUUCUCGUUAAAAAAUCUCUCCUAAAAGUCGAUGAACACAACAAAUAUUUGAAGAUGCAUGACUUGUUGCAAGAAAUGGGAAGAACAAUUGUUAAAGAAAAAUGUGUUGAUGAACCUGAAAAACGUUGCAGAUUGUGGGAGGAAAGGGACGUCCAUCAUGUCCUAACAAAAAACACUGCUACAAAAAUGAUUGAAGGCAUAAUCAUCGAUAAUAAAAGGGAAUCGAUCAAGAUGCUCAAUUUGAGUGUGGAUACCUUCUUGAAGAUGAAAAAACUGAGAUUGCUCAAAGUGCUUUGCCUUUCAAAUUGUAAUGAUCUCAAAUAUCUUUCUAAUGAACUACGACUUUUAGAUUGGACAGGAUACCCUUUAAGAUACUUGCCUUCAAGCUUUCAACCGGACAACCUUGUCGCACUUCUUUUACCAUAUAGUCACAUUCAACAACUAUGGAAGGGAAAUAGACCCUUGUUUAACUUGAAAAUAAUGAACCUCAGAGGGUCUCAAAACCUGAUCAAGACACCAAACUUCACAACCGCAUCAAAUCUUGAAGUUUUGAUUUUGGAAGGUUGUACCAAAUUAGUGGACGUUCAUCCAUCAAUCCAGGUGCUUAAGAGCCUUAAACUUUUGAAUUUAAGAGAUUGCAAAAGUCUUGGGACUCUUCCAACCAAAAUUGGAAUGGAAUCUCUUGAAACAUUAAUUCUUUCGGGUUGCUCAAGUCUUGUAAGGUAUCCGGAGAUUGAUGGGAAAAUGGAACGUCUAAAAACUCUAGAUCUUUCCGGUUGUUAUAGAGUGGAAAAUUUGCCGGAGAAUUUACAGCAAGCAAAGUUUUUGGAAGAGCUCGACUUGAGUGAAACAGCCAUAACAGAACCACCAUCCUUCAUUUUUCAAUUUAAAAAUCUUAAAGUUCUGUCUUUCAAUGGGCGCAAGGGACCAUCAUAUAAGUUACUACCAAAUUUGCCUUCUCUUUUCAAGGUGGAAGAAUGA